AUGCCAACAGCAUUGGAAUACAUCCGAAAUCAAAUAAUUAGCUUCCUUUAAACAUAGGGUAUUACAGAUUAAAAUAAGUUAUUUUUAGCAUUGAGUGAAGAAGUGAAAUAGGCUUUCAAUAGAGAGUUUGAUCAACAAUCUAUCUAUGAAAAGCACUUGAUUAAAGUAUUCUUUGCUGUUCAUAAGGCUGCUAAAUAAUUUAAAGAUAAAAAUAUCAACCUGCUUUAUGAAGUGGAUGAUCUCAAAAAGUAAAAUGCCUCCUAUUUAUCCUCAAAUGAUUCCUUAAAUAAAGAAGAAAGUAACACUCUCAAAACAGAUCUAUAGAAAUCAAAAUAAGAGAUUAUGAGACUGCAAAAGUUAUCUGAUAGACUCAGUAAAAAUCGAUAAUCAUUUACUGAAUCAGCUUCAAAUGAGAAAAUAAUCUUUGACAUUAGAUUGAAGGAUUUUGAAAAGUAAUUACAAUAGAGUGAAACUGAAUUAGCCAAACUACAAAAUUAUGUGAAUAUACUAGAGAGUGAGAAAUAAAAAUUAAUGAGGCAACUUGAGAAUAUGGCUAAAGAUCUUUCAGAUUAUCAGUAAUUAAGAGAAUAAGAUUAAUUCUCAUUUCACAAAAAUUUGGAGGAGCAACAGAUUAAUAUUGAGGGUCUAAAAAUUAAACUUCAAUAGAAAGAAAAGGAACUUCAGAGAUAUGUAAUUACUGAAAACAAUAUCAAAACUCAAGAAGUUAUGUAGAGUUUUGCAUUAAGUACUCAGAUAACUCCAAGAACCAGUAUUAAUUUGCAUAAUAAUGGACAAUCAUCGCAAAUCGAUGAAAGUAUAGAUCAGCAAAGCAUAAAUGGAAACAACCCUAUGCUCAGACGUGACAAUACUUAUGACCAAUUCGACGAGGAUUAUCAGUAGAAUUAUGACCAUACUGGCACAAAUGAGAAAAGAAAUAGUAAUAAUAGAUAACCUAGAUAAAGACCAUACAAUGAUGGCAUUACACAUAGUGGCCCAAAAUAAGAUAAGGAAUGCUAAACUAAUGAUUUGGAAUUGGUCAAUAAUGAACUUGCUGAUUUUGAGGGUGAUUAUGAUCUUAUCGAUUAUCAUGAGAUUGAGAGAUAAGGAAUGAAAAAAAGCAUAACUAAUUCAAUGAUUACUGAAGCACCUGAAAGAAAAGAUCCUGAAGAGGAGUACUUUAGAUUGACUGUGUUGUCAGUAAAAAUGUUGCAUAAUGAAAAACAUCAAGAUUAUGUAAUAGAGGUAAAUGCGAAAAAGCUAUACAAAAAAGUAAAAAUUGAAAAAAUAGCAUUUCAUUGCUGGCAUCAUUGGGUUGAAAGAGAAAUAAUGGAAUUGGCAAAGUAGCAAAGACCUGACUUAUAUUUGUAGAAGAAGGGAUUUAUGAACAGAUUAAAAGGUAUUUUUGGAGGAAAGGAUAAAAGCUAAACUGAUAGUCUUAUUAAUGGAAAUAACUUCAUUAAGACUAACUAAAAGACGCCAGAGAAGAAAUAAAGAUAGAUAAAAUAUGAAUAAGAGGAGAUUUAGGAUAGUUCUGACAGUAAAAAAAGAAAUAUUGAAGAGGAAGAAAAAUCAACUUCAGAUAGUUAAACAAUUCUUGAUGGUAGUAUAUAAGCUAAAAUGAAAGAAGGAUCUAUAAUAACUCAGUAAUCAAAAGAUUAAAAUUCAAACCCAUAUAAAUCGGCAAUCAAAACGAAAGGCUUACUUAAGGAAGAUAUAGCAACCCAUAAAAAAUGA